AUGAAGAAGAUGACAGAAGCCGGAGUGCCUGCUGAGCAUCUCCCGGCCACGUGGCAGGUCAAGAACCAGAGGCCUUCUUCAACGGCAGAGCACACCUACAGCACGGAUUGCUUAGAGCAGCUCCGGAAGUUUGUGUCGGCGCCUCCCGAGUGCAUUCGCAUAUAUGGGGACCAUGUGGUUUGCAGUGAGUCCGAGAUUUGCAUCCCUUUUUCUUGUCCUUCCACGCACGAUAUAUUGCAGGACUCAGGGCUGACGAGUUUUUUGCUGGACUUCACUUACAAGACGAACCGAGAAGGCCUGUUGUUAGGCUGUAUCGGUGCUGUUGGCAUGCUGCCAAACGACAAGGCGUUGUCGUCUGUUCGCAUGAUUCCAGCUUUCUUUGUCUUGUCCAACGCGGAAAAUGAGCCAGCUCACACAGUCCUCCUUCGUCUGUUCUUCGAGCACGCCGAGACCUGGAACAUGAAACUGGAAGAUGCUUUCUUGGAUUGCAGAUGCCUGCAGGCUGCCAUGAAGUGGUCCCUCAGCAGAAGGCCGCAAGCUCAUGUCAAGACCAACACUCGGGAAGAAUCUGCCAGACGUGAUGCAGUCACUGGCCAAGCGAGAUUGAAGAAUCGCGAGCUGUUGUCUGUCAUUCUGGAUUUUGCGCAGUUCUCUGCGACUUUGCCCAGCGACUGCCAGUUUCAUACCUUCUGGUCCAGUGACAUGAGUCGCAUGUCCACUGCCUCCGCCCCAACCGACUUCAACGAGCCGCGAAUGGCAGCUUACCUCCGUGACCACAUUUUGGAUGGAACAGGGCCGCAGUGGCAGGCAAGCUGGGUCAGUGGACUUGGCUCUGUCCCCCUGGGGUUCACGACGUACACCGCGAAUGCGAUUGAAUCCUCGCAUUUCGGCAUCAAAUACUUGAUGGACGGCUCUGGUGCACAUCUGGAUGUUGCGGAGGCUAUGGUUCAGGUUGGCCAUGCUGUGGAAUCUCGUGUGAGUCGUGGCUUCUACAGCAAUUUGGUUCACCGCCUCGAGGAGUCUGAACAGUCUCAACCCUAA